UCAGGCAAGCUUUUUGGAAAGCUAUUACUUGUCAUUUAUAAUAGAUUAUAUAUGGAUGGCGCUGCAAACAAAAAGAAUCACUUGAGCGUUUUAUUGAUGCCAAAUAUAAACCAGCAAUUAAAGUACUUAUUAGUAAACAUUGUCGUCUGAAUCUGUCAAACAAUGUUACAAUGCACUACAGAGACAAGAAAGGAAAGUUUAAAAGUAAAAAAUCAUAUUAUAAGGACCUAAAAGCACAGGAAGCGAAGAUAAAUUUAGCUACACACCGGGUAGACGACGCUGUUAAAGAGGACCACUCUUACUGUAAAGACAAACCGCCGAAUCCAGAUCUGUCAGACCUCGGGCCGUGGAAUUGUUGAACUGGAUGUAUUGGCGAAGCGUAUGUUUUGUGCAUCGUGUAAUACCCCGUUGCAUCUUUCUAAUAUCGAAAGUGAAAGGAGAUAUUGACUGGGAAGUAUAGUACACUGUUCAUUCGAUGCCAAAAAAAUGUUUGCUGGGCUUUAAACGAUGUAAAAACUGGGAAGAGGAGCCAAGGGGCAUUUGACGUAAACUCCAAACUUGCAUUAGCUGUUGUACACACUGGACUUGGUCCUGUACAGGUGAACAACCUGCUCACAACCUUAAAUCUCCCCCCAGUGGACCCUACAACAUUAAAACGGAGGGAAUACAAAAUCGAAUCUACACUGGAGACCAUAGUAAAGUUGUCUUGCAAUGAGGCACAAAAGGAAGAAAUAGAAAUGGGAAAUGGAAAGAUGGAAGUAAGCUUCAAUGGAGGCUGGCAGAAACGGGGUACAGGUUGGAACUAUGACAUUUUUCUGCUGAUGUGGACAUUUUAUUUUGGUACAGAUACAAAACGGAUAUUGCAAGAAGAUUAUGAUAACAGACCUUUUGACAAGACAAACACAAAGAAAUGGUCAGACAAAGGUGUAGUCAAAGCGAUUGGGGAGGUGAGGCGUAUUGGCAAUUCCAAAAUUGUGUCUGUAACGUGUCGUCUAGACCCCACCAAAUUUGGGAUGGUGAAAUUUAUCAUGUGGUGGGUCAUGUGGUGGCGACCCAAAACCGCUAAAACUUACGGUCUCAUUGCAGGUUCAUUCUUGAACGAUAUGCCUGUUAUGGGUAGAAAUAACCUUAGAUGGGAGAAACGGAACAGUCUUGUGACCAAUCUGAAACCUCAUUUAGUAUGUGCUGUCGAAAACAUGAACUCGGAGAUGUACAUGUUACAAAACAACACGGGUGAUUACCUGCGCAUGUACUUUAUCAUGGACAAGUGCGACCCCCCGGGAGUGUUCCGCUGUGAGGUGUUGAUCAGGACGCAUAACAGUGCACACAGAGAAGUGCCUAUUCGUAGAGAAUUCGAUGCCGAAACGACUAAGGAAGGAAAAGUGGAAUCAACGUGUGAAAAGAAUCAAUUUAAGGACCUCGCUCGAAACUUCAUGGAGAUCUAUGACUCCCUACCCGGGUUUUACAUGGAUUCAAUGGAACAUGCUUUUCUCAUGCCAGAUGAGGAAAAGGGAGACCCGAAGAAGUGGCGAAGCGAGGGUGGAUACACAAAAAUGCACGCCAAAUUCAUCGAGGAUAAGGAAAAGAACAUGAAAUAUAUGGAGUUAACAUGUAAAGUUAAUAUCAGGAAAAUAAAAAAAACUGUCAACUCUGUUGAAGCAUUCUACAUUUUUUACCAGCCCGACGAGGAGUGGCCCAAUGCACGGAUACUGCUAGCCGGACUGGUGAGAAGUAAGGGAAUGUGGGCGGAUCCCUACAGAGUCCGGAUGUUUCCGGAGCUGCGCAUGUUGCUGGAUAAACACAAAGGCAUGGCCUGGAGGGGGAAUUCAGGCAAGGGAAAAAAGGCAACAUUUACAAUAGCUGUACCAUUGAAGUUAUGCCAAACUCUAAAAGGAGCAUUCCAGUGUCAGGCGGCGGUGGAAGCCCCGAAUUUGUCUAAAAAGAAAAUAACGAUGGUCAGAGGAUGGCUUAAAUUAAGAGACACCCCAUUUUCAACUGGCAGCAAGAAAUGCAGACUAGAGAAACUUAAAGGUAACCGUACCAGAAAAAGUGGGGGCCAUGCCGUCAUACGGUUAGUGAACAAGAAAGAGAAGAAGGGGUUCUCCGGGGCUGGGGCCAUCGUCGGGGGCAUUUGUGGCAUCAUUGUGUUUGGGGUGGCAGGAUUUGUGGGUUAUAGGCUGUAUCGUAAGAAGACUCAAGGUUCCGAGAAGGCAAAAGGAGGGGGCGGACAAGGAGUAAUACCACCUGAUGCCAAAGGGCGAGAAAUGGGGGCGGGGACGGUGACGGGGACGGGGUAAAGGAAAGUGAUAAAACAACUUACGUGAUAUCUUGUCUUUCAAAGUCAAGGCCAUUUCAAAGACAACUCCUGUUCGUCUUGAUUUAAUUGAUUGUUUAAUGACUGUAUACACCGACAUUUUAAAAGUAAACUAGCCUUCAGUUUGAAUGAAUUGAAAAUA